AUGGGUAAUACGUACUCUUUAUUCUUUCCUCCAAGUCCGCAGUUUACCGAGGAGAACCUCACUGCACAAAAAGGACGCGUCUUUAUCGUCACAGGCGGCUACUCCGGCGUAGGCUUCGAGCUGAGUCGCAUGCUCUAUCAAGCUGGCGGAUCCGUUUACAUCGCUGGAAGAUCGCAAGAGAAAGCGGAAUCAGCUAUCAAACAACUCAAGGAACAACAUCCCGAUGCAAGCGGCAGCCUGAGCUUUCUCAAGAUAGCCCUCGAUGACCUGAAUUCCAUUAAAGCAGCGGCAGAAGAUUUCAAGUCGAGAGAUUCCAGGCUCGAUGUACUCUUCAACAACGCAGGAGUGUCUAACCCUCCAGCUGGGUCAGUCUCAGCUCAAGGAUAUGAACUCAGUAUGGCAACGAACGCCAUCGGGCCUUGGUAUCUGACACAGCUUCUCGUACCAAUUCUAAGAGAAACGGCAAAGAGCCAGCCCGCAGCAUCAGUUCGAGUAAUAUGGACAGCCUCAAUUGUCACGGACCUCUCUGUCCCAAAGGGUGGAGUCAAGAUGGAAGAAGUCAUCAAGCCAUCCAAAGACCAGCAAGUCAACUACACGAAUUCAAAGACAGGAAACUGGUACCUCGCUAGUGUUCUAGCAGAUCAGGUUGACUCCCACGGUAUUCUCAGCGUUUGCCACAACCCAGGAAAUCUUCACAGUAACCUGCUUCGCCAUAUGCCGUCCGUUGUUGGCUAUAUCGUUUCGCCGCUUCUUUAUCAUGCCAAGUUUGGUGCUUAUACCAACUUGUGGGCUGGGCUGUCACCUGACCUUCAGAUUGAGGAUGGAGGAAGGUUUGUCUUGCCUUGGGGGCGCUUUCAUCCGAGCCCAAGGGCUGAUUUGUUGCAGAAUCUCAAGUCGAAAGAGCAGGGAGGAACGGGGACUGCGUUCGAGUUUGCAGAGUAUUGUGAUAAUAUUAUUGCGAAUCAUCAAUAG